AUGUGCAACCGUUCAAGGUGGAAACAAAUAUUUAUUGAACGAUAUCAUCUUCGAUCUCGUUGGUUAAAUGGACGAUGUGAUGUUAAAACAUUUCAUGGUCAUGUUGAAGGUAAGAUAAAUUUAAUCAAAACUAAAACAAACAUAACGAUAAGUUUAUCUCAAGGAGUUUCUUGUGUUCAAUUUGACAGUCAAACAAUUAUAAGUGGUUGUACAGAUGGCACAAUUAAAGUAUGGAAUAUGAAUACUACAAAUGAGAUUAUUACAUUAGUUGGUCAUUCACGCAGUGUCAGAUGUUUACAUGUUGAUGGUACAAAUGAAGUUCGAUUAGUCAGUGGUUCGAAUGAUCGUAGUAUUAAAAUUUGGAGUAUAUCUAUUAAUCAAACAUGGUCAAAAUGUGCAUGUAAAUUAACAUUACUUGGUCAUACAGAUACUGUUCGAUGUCUUGUUGUUCGUGAUGAUAUUUGUGUGAGUGGUAGUCAUGAUAAUUCUGUUAAAGUAUGGAAUUUAACUAAUGGAUUAUGUCUACGAACAUUAGUUGAUCAUACAGAUAAAGUACUUUGUGUGCAAUUUAAUUGGGAUUAUAUUGUUUCUGGAUCAACAGAUAAAACAAUAAAAAUUUGGGGUUAUGUAGAUGGUAUUUGUCUACGUACACUUUCAGCACAUAAUGGUUCAGUAACAUGUUUAUAUUUUGAUCAACAACAAGAUUUAAUUGUAUCGGGUAGUCUGGAUUAUGAUAUACGUUUUUGGCAUUUAUCUACAGGUGAAUGUUGUCAAAAAAUUGAUUGGAUAUCAAAAGAAGGUCAUCGUGGUGUUAUUCGAACAUUAAAAGCUGAUAGUUGGCGUGUUGUUAGUGGAGCUGAUGAUAAGACAAUUAAAGUAUGGGAUAUACGAACAGGUGUUCGAUUAUGUACAUUAAAAAAUCAUACUGAUGGUGUAACAUGUCUUUCGUUUAAUGAUUAUCUUAUCGUAUCGGGCUCAUUCGAUGGCAGUGUUAAAUUAUGGAAUUUUCGACCAUAA